GGUUGCGAUUGGUGGGCUGGCAUGGGUGUUAGUGCACAGUUGCAGGCCCUGCAGGCCAAAUUUUUUUGCCACAAAAAUUUUAGCCCCUGUUUAGUUGGCAGGCCAAAAAAUUUGCUCUUUGGGCCAAAUUUUUUGCAAUCUAAACAGGGCCUUAUGCAAAGAAUGAUCAAUAUGAGAAGAGCCUGAACAAUAUAGCAGAGAAGUUGCCUGCACAGGUCUCCUUAGCUCCUUCUUAUUUCCACUCUCUCAGUUCCUCUUCCGAGCCAGAACAGAUAUACGCAGCGGGGCUCUGUCGGGAGGACAGUCCUCCUAGUGUUUGCAAGUUCUGCAUCCGUCAGGCGUUUCAGGGUGUAGGAGUGCGGUGCCCUUUUAGGAAGGUUGCGGCUAUAGUCUAUGCUAGAUGCAGCUUGUGGAUGUCAAAUAGGGAGUUUGUAGAUCAGAAUUUCAACGGCAUUUAUUUCUUGAGGUACAACAUGUCUAGAGCUCCAAUUGAAAGGGAGAUUCUUGGAACAAGUGUUGUUGGGCUAGUACGGGCAGUGGCAGUGGAGACAGCGAAGUCGGCGGCUCGCUUUGCUAUAGCCCAGCAAGAAAUUGUUGGCGCAGCAAACGGAUACACUAUAUAUGCUUUUGCACAGUGUAUACCGAGAGUGACGAGGGACUGCGAAUUUUGUCUGGAAGAUCUGAUCAGCAGUGCAAACAUGUUUCUUCGGACGUCAGUAGGAGGGGAAAGCUCAGCGUUGUGGUGCCAGUUCCGAUGGGAGCUUUAUCCGUUCAUCACUGGGGUGACUCCUAUGUUCAUCAACGGGGUGAGUCCUACGCCAGCAGAAGCAGGAAAGCAUGGAUCUAGUUCUGAGCAUCAGUGGAAACGAAACUUCGUUAUACUGUCUGUAGUCGUAGGUUCUGCAGUGCUUGCUAUACUGAUUGUUUCAGCUAUAGUAUGGUCAGUGCAAAGGUUGAGGAACAAGCGACUACAUAGACAUAGCUCGACGACGACACCUGCAGGCGAAAGGCUCGAAUGCAUGGAGACCACAUCUUUAGAAAAGAAGUGCCCAGAGACUGGAGAAGGAUCAUCUAGCAAGGUACCGGAGUCCUCGAUGCUUGGAACUCCAAAGCCAGUGGAAGAAUCCAUGGGAGAUGCCUGUUCCAGAAUGGAUCUAAGUGCCAUUCAUCAAAUCCUAGUUACAAGAGAUUACAGAGAUGAUGAAGGGAGCACUGAGCUGUCUUUUGAAGGAUGGACACAGCAGGCGAGGGAUGUGUUGGAUGCAAGGAAACGUGGAGACUCUGCCUUCGAAUGCAGAAGAUAUGAAAUUGCUAUCAAUGGUUACAGUGAGUUUGUCGAUGCAGGGACAACGGUGUCACCAACCGUAUUCAUUAGGCGAAGCUUGUGCUACCUUAUGUGCGACAAGCCUGAGGCUGCCCUCCGUGAUGCAAUGCUAGCACAGUCGUUCUGCCCUGAAUGGCCGACAGUGUUCUACAUGCAAUCAGUAGCCCUAUCCAAGAUGAAUAUGCAGAGUGACGCGGUGGACAUGCUGAACGAAGCAUAUCAGCUAGAAGAGAUGAGGAGGCAAACGAGCACACAGCUCAGAUAGUGGCACCCCUUUCAUAUAUACGUAACAUAUAUAUAGAAGAUUUGCAGUAUGUAGUAGAGCACAGAAGUUGUUUUGUACUAGAUUAGAUCAGAUCAGAUCGAUCUAAUAUAAGAUGAGACGAACCUAACACAGAUGGUUCAUUCAUGAUUAAUUCUUUUUCAUGAUACUUGAAGUCCUAAAGUUGG